AUGCCUGCUUCGAUCAAUCCUAUUAUUCCUGGCUUCGCCCCAGACCCGUCUAUUGUCAAAGUAGACGAUUGGUUCUUUCUGGUCAACUCCAGCUUCCACCUUUUCCCUGGACUGCCUAUCUUCGCGUCGCAGGAUCUGUUGUCUUGGAAACAGAUCGGAAAUGCCAUCAAUCGUCCAACCCAAUUGAGCCUGAAAGUGUCCGAUACACAGCUACACCCGCAGAAAGAUACAGGCGACGUGCUGGUCGCAACAGGCGGAUUAUAUGCACCUACAAUCCGUCACCAUAACGGAACCUUCUACAUUGUAUGCACCAACGUGAUCCGGACCCCCCAGGGAGACAACGGCGUCAACUUUAUCAUCUCCACCCGCGAUAUCUGGUCCGAUGAGUGGAGCGACCCCGUCUAUUUUGAGUUCAAAGGCAUCGACCCGAGCAUCCUGUUCGACGACGAUGGACGAACCUACAUCCAUGGCUCGGCGGCUCCCGGACCGUACACGACCAUCAAUCUCUUCGAGGUCGAUCUCCAGACAGGCGCCAAGCUCUCGGACGAGAGGACGAUUUGGCGUGGCACUGGUGGCAUCUACCCCGAGGGACCGCAUCUGUACAAGCGGAACGGGUGGUACUACGUCCUCAUCGCCGAAGGUGGGACCCAUGGAGGGCAUAUUGUGACCAUGGCACGAUCCAGGGACAUCUGGGGCCCGUACGAAGAAUGUCCGCAGAAUCCGAUCCUCACCGCGCGCGACACCGACGAGUACAUCCAGUACACGGGACACGCAGACCUCUUUCGGGAUGGGGAGGGACAAUGGUGGUGUGUAUGCCUGGGUGUGCGCAGGGAUCAACGGGGGCGUUUCAUCAUGGGCCGGGAGACAUUCCUGACGCGUGGCAACUGGGACGGCGACUGGCCAGUCCUCGACCAAGUCAAAUCGACUCCAAAUGGCAUGUCCGAUGCAGAGAGCUCAAAGCUCGCCGUCAUGCCCGGGUUGGACUAUGUUCGCAUUCGAGAUGUGGUGCAGGAAAACUACCACAUAGAUGACGCUGCUGGAUCCAUCACAAUGAAAGCCUCGCCAGUCGACCUUUCCGACCCUCAGCUCAGUCCCAGCUUUGUCGGCAAACGACAACGUCUUUUGGAUGGUUCGAGUAGUGUGACUGUGCAGGGUAUUGAUACCAAGUGGACCCCUGCCCGGGCCCAAGCUGGAUUGGUUUGCUACAAGGAUGAGCAUCGGUACCUGCGAAUCUUCUUUGAUGCGGAUACCCUGGCUAUUGUCGUGGAACUGGUCAAUAAAGCAAAGGAGGUUGUCCAACGCGAACAACAUGAACUUGGUAGCCUUCCUGAACGGGUAUCCUUCCGAAUGGAGUACACCGAGCAAGAGUACCGGUUACUUUAUUCUCUCGAGAAGGGCAAUAUGGCGAUUUGGAAGUGUGUAUCUGUCGUUGACACGCUGGAACUGACGGGUCCUGACUUUACUGGGCCGGUCAUUGGGGUAUACGCGGUGGCCCAGACAGACGAUAUGCCUGCCGAGUUUCGAGAUUUGAACAUCGAAUAG